AUGGCUCGUCGCGAUCAUCGUCGUCACGGUGAGCCUCUGCCACUUCCGGUCCCGCAGCCCUCUGGGUUCGUGGACCUGGCCGACGCGCCGAGGUAUCUGGCCCUCCGUGCCGUACGUCGACGCUGUCGCGAACACCGACUUCGGGAGGCCGUUCGCUCGAUCAACGACCUCUCCCGUGCCUCGGUCCACGGGUUCGGCAGCGUGCCAGCCCGUGGCUCCACCACGCCCGGCGCGCCCUCCGCCACGCAGGCCAGCUGCCUCGCUCACCUGCGUCGCAACAUCGGCCGGCACGGCCCACGGCCGCCUGGGCUCACCCCUCGCGGAGCCCUUCAGGAGCUCCUCAAGUCCGACUCGCUGUGCGCCGGGGCGCCCUCCAAGGUCGCACCCUACAGUGAGGACAAGCUCAAGUUCUGGAAGUCGAAGAUCGUCCCGAAGCGCGUCGAGGACAUCUGCCCCGACUUCGUCGUCCGCGCCUUCGCCGACCCCGAUCGGUACGUGCGGAAGCCGGACAGGGUCUUCUUGGCUGAUGCGGAGGGGCUCGACCCCAUCGUGCCCUACUGGGACCCUCACCUCGCUGGCUCGCCCGACGCGCGGGUCAGGUUUGUCCGCCGCCUGGCGGAACGAGGCCUUGUCGGCUACCGUCGGCGCAUUCGUGCUCGCGUGGGCUGCUUCUUCGUCGAGAAGAAGGGGGGGUUCAUCAGGCUCGUGGUCGACGCCCGCGAGACGAACCGGACCCACUGGAGCCCACCGCACGCUGCCCUCGGGACCCCGGCCGCGCUGGCGGAGCAGGACUGGUCGGACGCGGCCCUGGGAGCCUCCGACGCGACCUCGGCGCCCGCCAUCUACGGUGCCUCGCUCGACCUGGCCGACAGCUUCUACCAGUUCUGCUCGGACGCCCUCGCCGAGGACUUCGGCAUGGACUACCCCGAGCCCGCGUCGGUGUACGGGGCGACGCACGUCUGGGAGGACGGCCGCCUCAUCCCCGUCGGCGCCGACGACGUGGUGUUCCCCGCCUUCCGUGGCGUCGCCAUGGGCUGGAGCUGGGCCCUUUGGGUCGUUCACUCCUCGGUCACUUCGUGGGUGGGUCACGCGCUCACGGGCGGGCCUGCGAGCCUCGUCUUGGACCGUCAGCCGCCGCGCCCGGCGGCCCCUGGCAGGCCCGCCGGCUCCGUCUACGUCGACAACGUGGGGAUCCUGGGUCUCUCCGCCGCCGAUGCCGCGGCGGGCCUGGCCAGCGUCAUGGAGGAGCUCGACCGCCGGGGCAUCGUGUACCACGAGGUCUGCGAGCCGUCCCUCGAGUUCGGUAUGGUGGGCGUGGUGUAUGAUGGCGUCCGUCGGACUCUGCGUCAUUCCGACGAGCGGGCCUGGCGGCUCUACUUCGCCUGCCUGGAGCUGGAGCGCCCGGGCGUGCCCCGUGCCGCGUGGCAGGUGCGGGUCGUCCUCGGACACUUCAUCCAGCACUGCCUCCUCCUGCGGCCGGCCAUGUCCAUCUUCCGCCACCUCUACAGGUACGUGGACGAGUGCCGGCUCGGGCCGCCUUCCCCUCUACCGAGUCCCGCUCGGCAGGAGGUCCGCGUCUUCCGAGGGCUCAUCUUCCAGGCGGUCGUCGACCUCGCCGCGCCCGUGUCGGACAUCGUGCUCUGCUCCGACUCCUCCGAGGCGGGCUACGCCCUACACCGCCGGCGCUGCGACCCCGAGGCGGUGCGCCGACUCGCGCGCCUUCGGGAGCGCUGGCGCUUCACGCCCGACGAGAAGCGGCCCGAGGCCCUGGAGGACGACACCUACACGCCCGGCUGGCUUCCUGGCGCUGGAGGGGUGCUCGGUGAGGGGGACCCCAGCUGCGGCAUCGCGACCUGGGCCCCGCCGCCGAGGAGGGCCGACGAGCGCCCCCACGGCACCGUCCGGGCUCGGGUUGCACAGGCACCGCGGCGCGCGGCCUUCGAGGACAUCCCCGACGAGCUCGUCGCCCCAGAAGCCUGGUCGCUGGUCGUGGAGGGUGCAUGGAGGACGCGGGCGCCCAUCCAUAUCCUGGAGGCCCGGAUCGCCCUCGCGGGGCUUCGGCACGCCUCCAGGAGCCUCGAGUGCCACGGGCGCCGCGUCCUCAGCCUCGGGGACAACAUGGCCGAGGUGCUCUCGACCGAGAAGGGCCGCGCCGUCGACGUCGGCCUCGGCUCCGUGUGCAGGCGCAGUGCCGCCAUCCAGGUGGCCACCGGCAUCCGCUGGCGGCGCCGAUACCUCGACACAGGGAGGAACGUCAGCGAUGGUGGUUCGCGCAAGGCCCUGCAGGGGUUGUACCGCCCUGGGCAGCGUCGCGUGGGACCUGGCGCCGGCGCCGCUGGGGUUGCGGGACGGCCUGGUGCGGCCCCGCCCCCGCCGCCGCCCCUGGGACAGACUGCUGGCGCUGCGGGCCCCGCUCGGGCUGCCGGCGCCUUGGCGCCGCCCGCCGUCUUCUCGGGCUGCGGGCGCUGGACCGGUGCCCUGGCCCAGGCGGGCCUCGUCGUCGCGGCCCCCAUGGACAUCAAGCACGGGCCCUGGUGCGACCUCCUCAACCCGAAGGUCGAGUCUCAGGUGCGUUCCUGGAUCACCUCCCGGGCCGUCUGGUUCGUCCACUUCGGCACCCCGUGCACCCCGUGGUCCAUCUCUCGGCGAGGGGCUCGCGAGGUCUCCGCCAUCAGGGCGGCCCGACGGUGUGCUCACGUCACGGUGCGUCUCUUGGAGGUCUGCAGCCGCUACGGGAUCCACUGGUCUCUUGAGAACCCUCAGUCCUCGGGCCUCUUCCGAUGGGCCCCACUCCGGAAGUUCUUGGACCAGCACUCGCGCUCCUGGGCUACCUACCACUGCUGCCGGUUCGGCGCGCCUUACAAGAAGCCCACCACUAUCGUCUCAAGUCUGGGGGCCCUGCACGACAUCGGCCUGCUCUGCGAAGGGGGCCACAGGCACGAGCACUUGUCUGGGAAGGUACGUGUCCGUGCGCCCACGGGAGGGCUCAAGCUUCAGUGGAAGACCACGUUGGCCGGCGCGUACCCCCCGGGCGCCUGCCAUCUCGCUGCCAGCAUCCUGGCAGCGGCGGCGCCGCGCGGCGCCAGGUCGGACGCCGAGCAGUGGGGCGGCGUCUGGGGGCCCCCGAGGGUGACCGCCACGACCGCCGAGCGGUACCACGCCAGCCUGCACGAGUUCGCCGCGCAGAUGGGCCUGGACCCGGCGCGCUGGACCGCCCGCGACCUCCCUGCCGUCGACGCCGCCCUCGACCGCUUCCUCGAGGAGCUCUUCGUAGCCGAGCGGUCGCGGGGCGAUGCUCGGUAUGUGCUGGCGGCUGUCGCCGACCAUUUCAACGUCAGCCUCCGCCAGCCUGGGGUCCUCCCGCUCGCUCGCGCUGCCAUGGCUGGCUGGGGCAAGCUGGAGCCUGACUCGACUUCGGAUCCCCUCCCGUGGUCGGCCGCUGUGCUGAUGGCGUACCACCUGUCGCGGACCGGCGUCGAGUCCGACCUCGAGGCCGCCCGCGGCCUCGUUGUGCAGUUCGACACCUACCUGCGGCCCUCGGAGCUGGUGCUCAUGCCUCUGGUCGCGUGCUUCACGCCGGGCAUGCACGCUGGGGUUCACUACAACAAGUACGGGAUGGUUGUCGCGCCGUCCAGCCAGGUGGCCGGCCAGCUCAUCGGCAUCCGUACCAGCAAGACCGGCGUGCAGGAUGACACCGUCCUCCUUGAUGAGGCCAGUCGACCUGGCGUAGUCGGUGCCUUCGCUGCCCUCAUCCGCCAAGCCCGCCGUGCCCGCUCGCAGACGCUGCUCCCUAGCCACACGUAUGCCUCGUACAAUAAAGUGCUGCAGCGGGCCGCCCGGGCCGUUGGCAUCCCUUUCAAAGUCACGCCUCACCUCGCCAGGCACGGGGGGCCCAGUGAGGACUUCCUCCGCCGUGCCAGGACGCUGCCCGAGAUCCAGGCGCGCGGGCGCUGGGCCUCGUUUCGCAGCGUGCAGAGGUAUGAGAAGGCUGGCCGCCUCCUCGCGGCCAUCCGCAAGCUUCCGCCUGCUGUCCGAUCCGCUGCCUGCCAGGCCGAGGGCCGCACGCAGUUGCACGCCGGGCUGCUGCUGGCGCCGGAGUUCGACCAGGCCGGGCCCCUGGCCCGUGCGCCCGUCCUGUGCGAAGCCGCCUUCGACGAGGAGGAGCUGCGGCGCGCGGUGGAGUUGUCGGCGCAGGAGGCGGAGCGGCGGAGUUCCCAGGAGGACCGCCGCGGCCUCGAGGAGGCCCUGGCCCUCUCCGCCCUGGAUGCUGGGCCCGACUGGGGAGAGGCGACAGCGGAGAUGGAGCUGGCCCGCGCCCUGGAGGCGUCCUUGGAGGACGCCCCACUCGAGGAGCAGGAGGGCAGAGGCGGAGGAGGAUUCGCUGAGGAUACGGUCGCGGCGCGGGGCCGAGACUGCGAAGCCCAGGAGCGGCGCGCGCUUCGCGCGCGUCGCGGGGCCCGCAAGGAAGAAGACGAGGACGUCCAGCGCCAUGGGCAUCACGAUGAGCGCGGCGCUGGUGUCGAAAAGAAAUGGCGAG